AUAACGGGCACUUGUUUCUAAAUGUGAACGUGCCUUGGUAGACUUUAAUUGACACGAGAGACAGUUUAUCACUUCACAACAUUUUGAAAAACCACAACAGUAAAACUUCUUGGUAAGCGGAAGUUUUCCACUUUGCAGACGACAGACGAGAUGCAGACGAACUCACGUGAUAAGAGUGACAGCUGUACAACAUGUCCCAAGUGGCUCCACAUCAAAGAGUUCGGACUAAGCCACAAAAAUCCCAAACGUUUUGUUACACUAGAGAUUGGUCGACCAAUCUUUUAUCUUCCCUGGGCUAUUUUCUGGGCAGUGUAUCACGGUGUUUGGAUUAUUCUGGAAGCUUAUUGGUGGUCUUUGAAGACCCACCGUGCACCAAUGGAAUGGCUCCUUAAGUUGACCAACGUCGGAUACAUUGCUUUGUCAGCGGUUGCGAUUGUAGAAUGCAUAAUUGCUGUGUACACUUACAGCUUCCUAAGAGAAAAGGAUCGAGAAUCACAGACGAAUUUGCCUUGGUACAGUAGGAUAUCGUGGAUUCUGCACAAUAUUUCCCAUCCAACAGCUCUUUUAAUUGCAUUAUCCUAUUGGACGAUGAUUUUUCCAUAUCAUACAAUAAAAGCGUGGACCAUUAACAAACAUGCGAUCAACCUCUUGUACACCCUUUUACUUCUCAUCGUUACAUCAAAACCAAUCAAAUUUCAACACGUGCACAUUCCCAUGGUAUUUAGUUUUGUUUAUCUUUUAUUCACAUGGAUAUAUUUCUUGGUGACUGAAGAAAUCAUAUAUUCAUUUCUAAAGUGGGAUAAGCCAGGGAAAGCCAUUAAGUUGACUAUUCUCUAUGUAUUCGUUUGCACACCACUUGCCCAUUUUGCAAUUUGUGGAAUUUAUAAAUUGAAACAAUUUGUAAAAGAAAAGUGUUCAAGGACGAAAACUGUUGAAGUUGAUGAGAAAAAAGACGAAGAUUCUAAAGAGGAAAUGUUAUGUAAUAACAAUAACGGUGGAAUAGAAACUUUGUGAUUUUGAAUACACGUAUUCCAGUUUAAUAUUUUAAAGGUUGUGUCCAUAAUAAUAAUGACUGUUGUUAAAAUGGUUUUUACUCUCCAUAACAAUGUAUAUCUACAAUGCAUUUGUGCAAUAAUUCAAGUGCAAUACCACGUAUACUUUUCAACGAUUUUUUGUCAUACAUGUAUAUUUAUUUCAAUAAUAACGCCAGUAAAUAUAAUGUUCUUUAAUCCAUAAAGAUAUUAUAUAAUAUAAAUAUUAUAUAUAAUAUUAAUACAUUUUGUACAAAUACAGAAAGUUUAUCAUGUGAGGAGUGUGUAUGUAAUGCACACACUUAGACACUGAACAAAUAUACACAAAAGCAAGACUCUGA